AUGGCGGAAUCAUUUAACGACACUGCACCGCUCCCAACCGUCCCGCACCGCAUCACACCUCAACGCACCGCAUCGCACUCAACCGCACCGCACCCAACAACACUGCACGUCACCAGACCACCCUGCAUCCAACCGCACCGCAACACACCACACCGCGCCAAACUGCACCGCACCGCUCCGCACCACACCGCACCCAACCGCACCGCACCCAACAACACUGCACGUCACCAAACCGCCCUGCAUCCAACCGCACCACACCACGCCACACCGCACCACACCGCACCCAACCGCAUGGCACCCAACCGUCCCGCACCGCACAACACCGCACCCAACCGUCGGGCAUCCAACCGCACCGCACCGCACCGCACCGCACCGCACCGCACCCAACCGUCGGGCAUCCAGCCGCACCGCACCGCACCGCACCCACACAAUCGCACAGCAUUUAACGACACUGCACCGCUCCCAACCGUCCCGCACCGCAUCACACCUCAACGCACCGCAUCGCACUCAACCGCACCGCACCCAACAACACUGCACGUCACCAGACCACCCUGCAUCCAACCGCACCGCAACACACCACACCGCGCCAAACUGCACCGCACCGCUCCGCACCACACCGCACCCAACCGCACCGCACCCAACAACACUGCACGUCACCAAACCGCCCUGCAUCCAACCGCACCGCAACACACCACACCGCACCGCACCCAACCGCACCCAACCGCACCACACCGCACCCAACCGCAUGGCACCCAACCGUCCCGCACCGCACAACACCGCACCCAACCGUCGGGCAUCCAACCGUCGGGCAUCCAGCCGCACCGCACCGCACCCAACCUUCGGGCAUCCAACCGCACCGUCCCGCACCGCACAACACCGCACCCAACUGUCGGGCAUCCAACCGCACCGCACCGCACCGCACCCAUCCGCACCCAUCCGCACCGCACCCAUCCGCAUGGCACCCAACCCCCCGCACCGAACAACACCGCACCCAACCUGGCCAUCUAA